UUGUGUGGAGUGUUUGUGAAGCCUAUGUGUACUGUUUGUGGCGUUCAGUAGUGUUUGCAGUAAUGCAGUGAAUGACUGAAUGACUGCAAGUAAUGGCGAUAACAACCGGCAAAUCGUCUUCGCGUUCAAAGGAUGGCCAGCGAUGGGUUGUGUCGGCCGACGUGUUGGGCCGCCAGUCGUUGCUCAGAGUGACAGUACUGGCGCUGUGUUGGUUGGCCGGCUUCUGCGCCCGACUCUUCGCCGUCAUCCGCUUCGAGAGCAUUAUCCAUGAGUUCGACCCAUGGUUCAACUACAGGGCCACCCACUAUAUGGUAGAGCACGGCUUUUACAACUUUACCAAUUGGUUUGACGAGAGAGCGUGGUAUCCAUUGGGACGUAUUGUCGGCGGAACGGUCUAUCCCGGUUUAAUGAUCACUUCGGGUGCCAUUCAUUACGUUCUCACGAUUCUUAAUAUUCCGAUACAUAUUCGGGAUAUAUGUGUGUUCUUAGCGCCCAUUUUUAGCGGUCUGACCGCCAUUUCCACCUAUUUCUUGACCAAAGAAUUGUGGUCAGAAUCGGCCGGUCUUUUUGCCGCCUGUUUCAUAGCAAUCGUUCCCGGUUAUAUCAGUCGAUCGGUGGCCGGCAGUUAUGACAACGAAGGCAUUGCUAUAUUCGCCCUUAUGUUCACAUAUUAUCUUUGGGUGAAGUCAGUAAAGACGGGUUCCGUCUAUUGGUCAGCGUUGACAGCGCUGUCCUACCUGUAUAUGGUGUCCGCAUGGGGUGGAUAUGUAUUCAUAAUAAAUUUAAUUCCUUUACAUGUAUUUUUGCUGCUAAUUAUGGGUCGAUUCUCUCACCGCAUAUACGUUUCUUAUUCAACAUUUUUCAUUUUGGGACUACUAUUCUCAAUGCAAAUACCGUUCGUUGGUUUCCAACCGGUCCGCACCUCCGAACACAUGGCCUCCGCCGGCGUUUUCCUUUUGCUCAAUGCAUACGCUUUUCUCAAAUAUCUGCAAAACUUUAUGACCCGUUCGGAAAUGAAGACAUUUUUCCUGACGGCUGUCAUCGGUAUCGCCGGCGUUGUGUUUCUAGGAGUGGUUGCCCUGACAUACGCCGGUUAUGUGGCGCCAUGGAGUGGUCGCUUCUACUCCCUGUGGGACACGGGUUACGCCAAAAUUCAUAUUCCUAUCAUCGCGUCGGUGUCCGAACACCAACCGACCACUUGGUUCUCAUUCUUCUUCGACUUGCAUCUACUGAUCCCCACAUUUCCCAUCGGUUUGUGGUAUUGUAUCAAAGAAGUGAACGACGAGAGAGUGUUCAUCGCUCUCUAUGCCAUAACUGCCGCAUACUUUGCUGGAGUGAUGGUUAGACUAAUGCUGACAUUAACGCCAGUGGUGUGUGUGUUGAGUGCCAUCGCAUUCUCGGAAUCCUUUUCGUACUGUCUUCAGGACGAAAAGCCGACACAAAAAUCGCGCACUAAUAGUGUCGACGGAUCCGUCGAUUCCAGUACUGAUAGCGAAGAGAACAAUCAAAACGGAGCCGAAAAGACUAUUCAUAAAAACCUUUACGACAAAGCCGGAAAAGUGCGAAAACCAAAGACAGACGCGUCAAAGGAAAAUCAGGGCAUCGGUGCAAAUAUGCGCACAUUUAUAUCGGUGCUGCUGGUGAUGAUGCUGAUGCUGUUUGUGGUGCAUUGCACCUGGGUCACUAGUAACGCCUACUCGAGUCCCAGUAUUGUGUUGGCCUCUUAUAGCGGCGACGGAUCUCGUGUUAUUUUAGACGACUUCCGCGAGGCUUACUAUUGGUUGUCGCAAAACACCGCAGACGACGCCCGAGUGAUGUCGUGGUGGGACUACGGGUAUCAAAUCGCAGGAAUGGCUAAUCGGACGACUUUAGUGGACAACAAUACGUGGAAUAACAGUCAUAUCGCACUCGUGGGCAAAGCGAUGUCAUCCAACGAAAGCGCCGCCUAUACUAUAAUGCAAUCGCUUGACGUGGACUAUGUGUUAGUCAUAUUCGGUGGUGUGAUUGGCUAUUCCGGUGAUGACAUCAAUAAGUUCUUAUGGAUGGUUCGCAUCGCAGAGGGAGAGCACCCGAAAGACAUCAGAGAAAGCGAUUACUUCACAGAUCGCGGAGAAUUCCGAGUGGACUCUCAGGGGGCGCCCACUCUUCUCAAUUGCCUUAUGUAUAAACUCAGUUACUUUAGAUUCGGUGAACUACAGCUUGACUAUCGAAGUCCCGCGGGUUUCGAUCGAACCCGUAAUAUGGAAAUCGGCAAUAAAAACAUCCGAUUGGAGCACUUGGAAGAGGCCUACACUACCGAGCAUUGGUUGGUUCGCAUAUAUAAAGUCAAACAACCGGCCAAUCGUUUGAAGAUCUCUUACGCCGAUCGUAAGGUUAAGCCCAGUAAAGUGUUUUCCUCCAAAAAGACGACAAAGAGGAAGAAGGGAACGAUUAAGAGCCGACCCGUUGUUAUCAAAGGCAAGCGGACGACAACGACGAGCGCCGCAUAAGCUUUCGUUAAUGGGAUUAGUAAUAAAUAGGAAAUAAUUUAUUAUUGAGUGCCUCAUAGGUUGCAAACCAUAUUAUUUGCAUUUUAUAAUACUUGACAGACAUCUCAUUCAAUGAAAAUAUUUUUAAUAUUAUUUAAAUGAAGUUUUUUGUUUGUUUUUUGACAUAAUCUUAAAGUAAUUGUUAUUCGAAGUAAUUUCUAAAUGAAAUCGUUUUCUCUCUCUUUUAUAAUUUAAUUGAAACAUAUUUUCCAAACACAAGCGAACCCUUGGGUGCAAUCUUUUUAUGUAAACGACUGACUCUAUUGUCUGUAUUUGUUGGACAUUUGCCACCAUUUGAUUGAUUUGUUAAACAAUUUAUAUUACAAAAUAUAUUCAAUAGAAAACUAGUCAAACGAUGAAACGAGUCGUCUAUUUUCAUAUCAAUUUAACAUUCCAUUAGACAUAACGAUAACUAACAAUAUAUCGACCAUUAAUUUAACGGUAAUUUGUGGCCACACUUUAGCCAAAGCACGGCAUAUAUAUGGCUAAACCAUAUGAAUGUAUUACUCAAUUCCAUCAAUAAAAAUGGGGACACUUUUUGAACAAUUUUAUUCAAUUAUAA